GUCUACAGAGCCGGAGUUGGGAGAAGAAGACACUGCGCUGAACAGAGCGGGGUAGCGGCGGUGUGUGGCGGAAUUAUCCCUGGAAAAAAAAGCAUCUUAUCCGAACAAAAGAACCCCCAUGUCCAGUCUGUUGAUCUUUUUUUCCUUUGAAUCCAGUGAGCAGUGGACAUCUUAAACCUGGUGUGACUAGACAGCUGUUCGCCCUCCACCCGGUGUGACCAGGAUCCAAGGUGACUUUCAAGUUAAAAACUCCAAUCAGAAAACAAGCAUCAAGAAGAGUCCUGCCCCUGCCCACUCUCCCCUGCUGCUAACCCCAGCAUGGCAGACAGCCGACAGCCAGAAGAUGGCACCCCCCAGUGGAGCCCAUCAGCAGGGCAGGAGGCACCCAGUCCCCUCGGAGCUAAUGGAUACUCCUCCUCCUUCAGAACGUGUCAGACUGCGCCCAUCAUGAGCAGUGGUCCAUACGCAGCUCGAGAGAAUGGCUUCAAUGGGGAUCUAACUGGGGCCCAUGCCAUUACAGCAGAGCAAGUAUCAGCGAGGAUUGUGCAGGAGGUGACUGCUGAGGCUGUGGCUGUGCUCAAAGGGGAACAGGAAAGUCAAAGGCUGCCAUCAGUUGAAGACACCACAAAUUUGCCUCCGUCCCCUCCCCCCUCACCUGCUGCAGAACACUUUGGACCACUGGAGCAAGAUGUAGGGGAUGAGGAGGAGGCAGGCCCUCUCAGACGCUUCCAAAAUUCUCGGGAGAGGUGCAAGUUCCUCGCCCCCUCCAUCUCAGUGUCCGUGCCCGAGGACGACCCCUACCACUCCGACGAGGAGUACUAUGAGCACCCCUUGUUCAGCCCAGAGUGGACGCACUCGGGCUCUCGCCCCACUGGGCAGGCCGUGGCCUUUAGACAGAUUGAAGAAGAGACCAUGGAGGCUCUCACAGCUGAGUACGAGGAGGAGGAGGUGGAAGAGGACAGUGCAGAGGCUGCUCUUGAUGAGCAGUGGAGCGGGGACGAGCCUGAGCCGGACAGCCCCCAGCCCGAGCCCUUAGAGCAGGCACAGGCCUCAGGCCAGGCCCAGGACGAACAUGAGGCAGCAGCUAGUGCUGCUUCAGACAGCUCCAGGAGCUUAGAGGAGGAGGAGGAGGAGGCAGAGGGCGAGGAGAGCCUAGACACAGCCUUGAAGAUGGAGACAGAUAAACAAGUUGAUGAGAAAAGCGGUUCCAUAAGUCCUGACAGCAUUGGAUCUGAGAAACGUCCAGAUGAACCGUUUGAACCACCUGUUAUGCAGGAGUUUUUUGCCGGUGAACGAAUUGUACCAGAGAGCCCUACAAUGGACAUGCCCGCUUUUGUAACCCCGAAUGUGUCUAACAAAGCCAAAGAAUGUGUCCGGUCCUUCACUCUUCAGCCUACAUAUGGAGAACCAAUCACGGUGACUGAAAAGCAACCAUCAGUAGAAGUGGUGGAGUUUACAAGCAUUGCGGAACCUUCGGAUUUCUCGUCCAUGUCUGCCAAAGUUGAAGGGGGUGAUGCAAAGGAUAGGUCUGGGAUGUCUGCUUAUUUUGAAACAUCAGCCGUAGAUGAAGACCAGCCCUCUCAAUAUAAAGGUGAGGGCUACUAUGAACUAAGUAGAUCUGGAGAUGAGAAUGUUGAAACCAAGGCUCCGGAAAUUAGCUACAGCACCCUUGGUGAAACUGAUAAGACUGAAACAAUGAAAGAAGAUGCAAAAAUAUUAGUGCCUGAUAGGAGUAACGAAUGUCGACUUUCUCCUGGUAAACUGGCCUUAGAGCAGAGGAGCUAUUCACUAAAUAUCACUAUUGGUGCAAUGGAUCCAAACAAACCUAGAAACUUCUCUCCUUUAGCAUCUGAUAUUCUGUCUUAUACAAGCGGUAGUCUGGAUGAAUCGGCAGACUAUCUUCCAGUCACUACUCCAGUCGUAGAAAAGGCACCAACAUUUCCACCCCUCAUUAUGGAAACCACUUGUUCUAUUACUGAGUCUUCAUCACCACCAAAAAAUAUCGCUCCUGACUCAAAAUCCAGCUCUGAGCCAGAGUCCCCACAAUCACCAGAACCAAUCAAGACCCCUCCCAAAAAUGGUGGAGUUAUGGCGCAAGAUUUGCCCGAAAUGUUAGACCUGGCAGGUAACCGUUCUAGAGUUGCUUCAGACAGUACUGAACCUGACACGAACAGGAAAAAAUCUUUACAAGGAGAUACCAAUACUUUAGAGGACCCAAUGGCUAGCAUGGGUUCAGGUCAACUAAGUCCUAGAAAGAGUGAUAGUCAGUUGGAAGAGAUGGGAUAUUGUGUUUUUAGUGAAUAUUCAGGGCCAAUGCCAUCACCAGCUGAUGUUUUUAGCCCAAUGGAGAAUUCAGGGCAAUUUAGCCCGACUGUGCUGGAGGAGAAAAUGAGCGAACAAGCAAGGAAAUUAGCAGUUAGAGAUGCGUCUUUAGAAGAUAAGGGACAACCUACUGAGAGUGGUGAUUCCUCUGAAGCCGAAGACAAGAAGGAAAGAAAGGACUCUAGCCAAGAUCAAGUUAAAGGUGAUACUUCUGAUACACUUUUACCGGAAAAACAAACAGAGGCCUUUGUAACGCCAACAGUAACUGUAACUCUCGAAGAAGGUGGUAGAACUGAAAGCGAAAGUGAACGACAGGCUAGCCGCGAAGGAUCGGUUUCAGAAACCGAAAUUGCUGAUUACGAAAGGCAGAUACGCAAAUUGGAAAUGGAGGAUCGGCCCUUGAGUGUGGAGGAGGAGAGAGAGCUACAAGAGCUACGAGAAAAAGUGAAAUUAGUCCAUCAAGAAGCAUAUGAAGAAAUAGAUGCUGAAGAUGUUUACCAGCUAACAGGAGCGGCCAAGGAUCGCAUCGCAAGGCCAGUCAAAACUUCACCAGCAUCGUCUGUAGAAAGCAACAUUGAUGAUGACAAACUACUAUCUCCCGUGUUGUCUCCGUCUAAAAUGAAGCAAAAGGAAUUGUAUGGGUCGCCCAAGAGAUCACCUUCUCCCACAAAAGAGGAUAAGGAGGAGACUGAACGCAAGCUUAAAGAGGAAAGAGAGAGGGAAGAGAUGGAAAGGAAGUUAAAGGAAGAAGAAAAUAGGCUGAAAGAGGAAGAAGAGAGGAAAUUGAGAGAGGAGAGAGAGAGGGAAGAGAGGGAAAAACUCGAAGCGGAGAGGAAGUUACAGGAGGAGAGAGAGAGAGAGGAGAAGGAAAAGUUAGAGAGAGAGAACAAAGAAAGACAGGAACUGGAGUUAAGAGAAAAAGCUGAGCGAGAGAAGAGAGAACAAGAGGAGAGAGAAGAGAAAGAGAGGGAGGAGAGAGAGAGGAGGGAACAGGAGGAGAGAGAAAGGAAAGAGAAAGAGGAGAAAGAGAAGAAAGAGCAGGAGGAAAGAGAAAGACAAGAGAAGGAAGAGAGAGAGAAAAAAGAGAGGGAGGAGAGAGAGAAAAAAGAGAAGGAAGAGAGAGAGAAAAAAGAAAAGGAAGAGAAAGAGAAAAAAGAAAAGGAAGAGAAAGAACGGAUGGAAAAGGAGGAACAAGAAAGACUGGCCAAAGAGUUACAGCAAAAGCAGGAAGAAGAGUUGAAAGAGAAAGACAAAUUGGCCCAAAUGGAGAAGGAGGAAGUUGAGAAAGCCAGACAAGCCGAAACACACGCUGCCAUUGAGUCAGUUGUGACCGUAGAAGAUGAUUUUAUCACUGUGGUACAGACUAUCGAUGAAGCAGAGGAGCCGGGCCACAGUGUCCGGUUCUCAGCUCCCAUAGAGGCUGAAACUCUGGGGGUGGGGGUCCAUAAAGAGCAGGAAGAGGAGGAGGAGGAGGAAGAGGAGGUGGAGAUGGCCCAAGAGGCAGAAAUGGAGGGCGGUAGCAUGGAGGAGGUCUGUGAGGUGCCAGAGACCCCAGCUAGUCCCGAAAAGGAGACAAUGGAGACAGAAGAGCCCACAGAGAGUUAUGACAGAGAUGAGACCACAAUGGAUGACUCAAUACUGGACAGCUCCUGGGUGGAUACUCAAGAUGAUGAUAAAAGCCUGGCCACUGAGCAGAUUGAGCCUCUGCCUAAAGUUCAGACUCCAGUCAAACAGACUGCAGUGAUCCAGAAGAAACCAUCACUGGAGAAGAAGACAGAGAAACAAGUCAAACCCAAAACUAAGACCAUGAGACCCAAAGGCCGCAUCUCCACGCCCGAACGCAAGCCUGUGCGCAAGGAACCCACCUAUGUCCCGAGAGAGGAGGUCAAGAAGAAGAAAGCACUUCUAAAGAAGACAGAGAUGACUAAAAAAGCUGAAGUUCAGACUCAUUCCCCCUCCCGGCGGACUCCACUGAAGGGGGCUGUGCGUCAGACCCGCCCUGUUCAGCAUCACUCGUGUCCCAGGAGGAGAACAACAGAAACGUUACCAGACGGACGCCAACCUCUUAGUGUUGCCAGACAGUCACGAGACAGAGCAUCGUGCCAUGGUUCACCACUAACAAAGAUCCCCACCUCCAUAUCCAGACCAGCUGCCUCUUUAGAUAAAGCAACCUCAACAAAACCUUACCUAUUUUUAUACAACCUCGUAGUCAAGGAUGGAGGGUCUCGAAGCCCCAUCCGGAGGUAUGCCCGCCCCACAGCCACAUGGAGUCGCCGCGUUCACCAGGAUCAUGAGGAGAGUUCCACCUCCAUUACCAGCUCUGGCUCCACUGCUCCGCGUAGACCUACAUCCUUUCGGACUGAAAUGAGAGCAGAGUUCAGGACUGGACGGGCGCCUAUGACAGUCACACAGACAAUGCGCUCCCGUUCAGCCCGAAGUGGCCACUCCACACCGCGGACCCCUGGCUCAGCAGCCGUGACCCCGGGUACUCCUCCCAGCUAUUCCUCCUCCUCCAGGACCCCCGGGACCCCUCGCUCGCUCAGCCUCAUCUCCCAGGAGAGGAAGGUGGCUGUGGUCCGCACUCCACCCAAAUCCCCCGCUACAACACCUAAACAGCUCCGGAUCAUCAGUGAACCGCUGCCCGACUACAAAAACGUCAAGUCCAAGAUUGGGUCCACAGAGAAUAUAAAGUACCAGCCUAAAGGAGGACAGGUGCAGAUACAGAAUAAGAAGAUUGACUUGAGUCAUGUGACCUCCAAGUGUGGCUCUCUAGACAACAUCCAUCAUCGACCAGGGGGUGGUAAUGUACGUAUAGAAAGUGUGAAGUUGGACUUCAAAGACAAGGCCCAAGCCAAGGUGGGUUCCCUGGAAAAUGCCCAUCACACUCCAGGUGGAGGCCGAGUGCUGAUUGAGAGUCACAGGCUGAUGUUCCGGGACCAGGCCCGGGCCCGAGUGGACCAUGGGGCCGACAUCGUGGUCCAGUCUCCGCGACGCUCCGGCUCCAUGUCCCCCAGCCGCCUCCGGGACCUGUCCUCUUCCGGCAGCCUCAACUUCAGCGAGUCCCCACAGCUCUCCACCCUGGCCAAGGACGUCACUGAAGCUCUGGCCAAACAGGGCUUGUGAACGCGCCGCCCCCAUCGAACUUUUCUGAUUUCUCCUGCCACCAUCGGGCCAACACUACUCCUGUAUCCAAACCACAGCCUCUAACCAUCAACAUCCACACAAAACAGUAGAGACUUAAUUUAGGAGCUUACAGUAUUUCUUGUCUAUUUUGAACCUGGAUAUGUGCGAUUUCUAAUUUAAUGGCCUCCUCUUUUGGACAAUGGUAUAAUAGAAGUUUUGAAGAUUGAUUGAUUGAUAUUACCAGAUAUUUGCUUGGUUCUGCUACGUGUUUUGAAGAAGCCACACUUUUAUUUUUCUUGAAGUAGAAAGUAAAGUGGCCCUUACUCCAUGCAGCACGUAUGGUUCUUGCUCAGUAAAUGUGCAUGGACUCCAAAUCCCUUGUUGACACACCAAGCAUCUUUACUGCAACUCAUUCAAGUCAUCUUCUAUCCAAUAUUACUAAUAUAUACAGAGUUAAAAUACCUUGCCAUCUACAUGUCUUUGAAAAACAUUUCAAAAGGAAAUCACAAUAUGGCUAUACCGUAAAACCUGUAAAAUUGCAUUAUUACUGCAAGAACUAGGUUAUGUUAAGACGCAUGUAUUAAUUCUAAUAUUAAAAAGAGGCUAUUUUGUAUUUAAAGAAAAAACAAACAAGGGUUUUAGUAAUUUACUUCCUCACAUAUUGAGUAACAAUGAUACAACUUCAUGUUUUGUAGUUAUUAGUUGUUUACAGUGUAACGCUUGGUGACAGACAGCUGGUGUUGAAUGCAGUCCUGGUAAAGUUUUAGAGAUCAGUGGUUCUCAAACUAGAACUGAGAAACAUCUGGAUUUGAAAAACAGAAUUUCAUUUUCUACUGGAUUAAUUCCUAAUUUUGUCCUACUGAUGUAAACCUGAUUGGUCGUCUAGAGUUUUGUCCUGGUUUAAACAAGUUGUGAGCAGAUUCGUUGAAGUGAUGCUAAGCCCUCCUUGUUCCUCUGUAGGUUCCAUUAAGUUCAUUUGCUGGUAAAAUAUUUUGAGUAAACUGUUUGAGAACCACUGCUCUGUGUAUGUGCCUGUCCACAGAAGACAUUGUCAGAUAGAACAGUUAGUGCAUAGUUUAGGCUUUAGUAGGUUUAGUUUUUUUUUUUUAUUAGGACUGACUAUUGUUUAAGGGGAAAGCUGCAGUCGGCAACUUGAGAGGACGCAGCUAGUAUGUUUUUGAACAAUGUCUCUGUGUGUGUGUGCGUGUGUGUGAUACAUAUCUUACGUUUCAAGACAGGCGCCAAUGUAUCUGGAUGUUCUGUUGCAAUGUAGGUCAGGAAAGUGGAAAAAAAUAUCGCAAAACUUUAUUUAAAAACACUCUUGAACACUUGUUACAUCUGUUUGGGAAUAAGUGUAUAUGAGUGAUCUAGAUUUUAUCUUUACCAGCAGCAGUGUUUCUCAAACAGGUACCACUGGAGGUAUGCAGGCUUCUUUUAAGUUUUAGUAAGGUUUUGCAUUUGUGAUUACUUUAUUUUUAUA